AUGGAGCAAUUACAGCAAAUAGAAACUGAGGGCAGACGGGAUGCCUGCAUUUCGUCACCGCCUUCGCCGCUGGCUAACCGGCCCAACGUGUCACCAAGUCCAAGUCCAAGCAGCGAGAGUCUGCCUCUGCCUCUGCCUACGCCCGAGUCAAUGGGGGAGCAGAUGACUGCGGGAAUUGACAAGGGGAAGGGUAAGGAGAGAGCUGGCCCCUGCUACAUCCUCUCGCUACCCUCCGAAAUCGUCCUCUCCAUCCUGUCCUAUCUAACUCCCAUCGACCUCGCGCGCAUCUCACAAACAUGCCACUUCCUUUACGAGCACGCGACCGCCGACCCGCUGUGGCACGCCCUGAUACAGGAGAACGUUCCGGGCGUGAAAGUCACUUCGUCUUACCCUUUCGCCACCUACCGCGAGCUCUUCCUGUCUCAUUAUCCGCACUGGUUUUUGACAAGGUACAAGAUUUGGUUUAGUGAUGCAGAUUUGCCAGGAAGGAUCAUCGUGGUACGGUAUGACCAGCGACGGGGGUGUAUUGAAGGGUAUCAGCUGGUAGCGAGGAGGAGGAGUCGGACCUACGAGUGGUGGGCGCCGGAUCCAAAUGUCAUUAUCCCCGCGUUUGAUCCGGAGGUCUCGCUGCAUUUGGAUAGCCCGAUGCUACAGCUCGAUGCAAAGCCCAGUACCGAAGAGGGAGAGUUUGAGCUGCUCGGCCGAUUUUCAAAGACAAUGAGGUUACGCCGCGGAUCAAACGAUACCGAGCCCAAAGACGAUCGCAUAAAAGAACACUUCCUCCAGCGCGGCAUCCCCAUGACCACCGGCGCCCUGGGCAGCACCUACUCCCACUUCUUUUACGCCCGACGUCUGUCUGACGCGGAACUACCCGCCGAUUUCCACGUCGAGUGUUGGCCGUAUGGCUCGGUAUGGCCGCCGCCGACUGUGCCGAGUGAGCAUCGCGUGAAUGGAUCAUAUCGGCGGUGGGAGCCGCCGUAUAGUGCCAGUGUCGAGCCCGAUCGGCCAAGGACGAUGAGCGAGUUGUGUGAGCGGGCGUUUCAUAUUCGCCGGUGGCCGGAGCGGCCGGCAGGGAGGAUUACGGUACAUCUUUUUCCGGCUUCAGCGGCGGAUGAGGAGGAGCAUGGGGAGGGUUCUGAAGAGGGGCAUGGGGGUGAUGACGAGCAUGAGAAUGGCCAUAAUCAUGGAUUUCAGCUCCAGCUCCCCACUCUCCCGACGUUCCAUCCACUUGUUAUUAGCAUUCCUGCACCGACACUGGGCCACCCGAUUCAAUUGCGCCGGCCGGAUACUGCGACCUAUGCGACUCUCGACCCGGAACUGUACACUCCCACACCGGAUAAACCAUACCGCGGGAUAUGGGUAGGCGAUUACAGCGCGCAUGGCUGCGAGUUCCUGCUCAUCACCCAGCCGGAUGACGAUGAUGAAUCUGUAUCACUGGUCGACACGGAGGGGGCCGAAUCCGUACACGAGGAACAACAGCGGAGACAAGAGGAAGAGAAGAAAGAGGAGCCCUGUCCCGGAGCCCCCAGACGAGGAGAAAAAGGGAGAUUGGCAGCGAUCAAGUUGACAGGAGACGCCAACGUCCCCAGGGGGGAGUACAGCUUUUUGGUCGAUGACCUCGGCGAGGCAGGGUUCGUGGAGGUUGCGAAAGACCCGCCGUUUGAGGGGGUCAGGGUCGUCAAAAGCAUGGGGCAUGUGGCUAGUGCGGGAUUUCAUAACCACACGUACCUGGAGACAAAACUGUACCUGAUUUCGCAUGACCGGCUUGCGCAGUACUGGGUUGAUUUGGGGCGGUUUAGCUACUUCCAAAGGGUGGAUAUUGAUCCGUUAUUGGUGCCCAGCCCUGUCGGCAUCACGGCCGUCUUGGCGCGAUGA